AUGUCGCAAAACUGCUGUGUUACGAAUUGUAAGAAAAAGGUUUAUCGGGAGGAAGACUUAAAGAUAUCUUUCCACAAAUUUAUGAAAAAUGAAGACCUAUUAGCAGCAUGGAUUCGAGCUGUUCGAAGAGAUGUGGAUCACCACUUUAGGAUAUCUUCGCACACGAGGGUUUGCUCGAGACACUUCAAGGAUUCAGAUUUUCAGGGCACACUCGCUGGCAGAGGAACACUUCAUCCUACCGCUGUUCCUUCCAUUUUUUCGUGGAAGAAAGAUUCUCCUAAGAGGCGAAAACCACCAAAACCCCGGUAUGUAGUCUCUAAAGCGGGGCCUCAAGUUGCCAACGAAGAACUCGAGGUAAAUAGUACAAUCUUAAAUGUUGACAAGGUUGCCGACGAAAAGCUCGAAGUAAAUACAUGUAAUACUAGCUUAAACGUUGACGAGGUAUGCAAAGUCCUUGAGGUCGUUGCUUACAUAUUCCUCUAA